AUGUCUCAUACCUUGAACAUCGCCGUUGUUGGCCUUGGCCGCAUGGGCAAGCGACACGUCCAUACUCUCCUGUAUAGGGUACCUCGUGCUCGAGUUGUCGCAGUAUGCAGCUCCAUGGAACACGAAGUCAGGUGGGCGAAGGAGAACGAAGAGUAUAAAGAAUUCGACAUGGGGGUGUAUGAUAGCUAUGAUGAGAUGCUCAACCAUCCUGGACUUCAAGCUGUUUGGGUUUCUACCAGUACCGAUGUGCACUCCAGUCAGUCUCUUGCCGCUAUCGAUAAGGGACUGCACGUCCUUUGUGAGAAGCCCUUGAGCACCGACAUGGCCGAGGCUCAGACUGUCGUUGAUGCAGCAAAGAAGAACCCUCACCUCAAGGUCAUGGCCGGGUUCUCUCGUCGCUUUGACGCUUCUUACCGCGACGCAGCUACCAAAAUUUACAACGACAAGGCCAUCGGGGAGCCAUUCAUGGUUCGCUCCAAUACCUGCGAUCUUCUCGACGAAACUGGCUUCUUCGUUCGCUACGCCUCUCGCAACGGCGGUAUUUUCGUCGACUGCGCCAUUCACGACAUUGAUUUAUCUCUUUGGUACCUCGGCAACCCCAUCCCCAAAGCAUGCUGGGCAACCGGCACUCUCCAACACCACCCCGAGCUCAAAGAUCUCAACGAUGUCGACAAUGCAGUCGGCGUUGUCGAAUUCUGGGGCGGCAAGAUCGCUUACUUCUACUGUUCCCGAACCCAAGCCCACGGCCACGAUGUCUGCACUGAAAUCACUGGAAAGACUGGCAAGAUCUCAGUUAAUGUUGUUCCCAAGGCUAACAAUGUCGUUAUUGCGGAUAAGCUUGGUAUUCGUCAUGAGGUGCAGCCUGAGUAUUGGCAGCGAUUCGAGGAUGCGUUUGCGCUGGAGGCUAAUGAGUUUACUGAUGCGGUGUUGAAGAAUAAGCCGGUUCCUUUGCCUAUUGAGGGAGGAAUUCAGGUCAUGAAUAUUGGCAGGGCGCUUCAGCAUGCGCUGUUGAGCGGAAACUUGGUCACGUUUGACAAGGAGGGCAAUUGGGAGUAG